GCUUCACUCCACUACAUUACAAUAUUCAUGGCUGCUUAUUCUUCUUCUUUAACAGUUCUUCUUCUUCUUCUUCAUGUGACUGCUAUGUCCAUGAUUUCAAUGGGUGUAGCAGGAUCCUAUGGUCAAAGCCACCGCUACAAAGCAAUAUACAGCUUCGGAGAUUCCCUGGCCGACACGGGAAACUUGUAUUAUGACACUGAAAAGCUUUCGGCAUCACAUGCUUCAUGCUUACACCUUCCUUAUGGAGAAACUUAUUUUCAUCGCCCAACUGGAAGGUGCUCCGAUGGCCGUCUUAUCGUUGAUUUUCUUGCUCAGAAGAUGGGGCUACCACUGCUGAAACCGUAUCUAGGAAUCAAGAAUGGGAAGAUAAAAAAAGAUUGGAAGGCAAGAGAGGGAGUGAACUUUGCGGUUGCAGGUGCCACUGCCUUGAAUUCAAGCUUCUUCAUAGAGAGGGGUAUCCUUAAUAUUGCCACCAACUAUUCCCUUGCCGUCCAGUUAGAUUGGUUCAAACACUUCCUCCCUUCAAUUUGUAAUUCUUCUUCAGACUGUAAAAAAGUUCUUGGGAGCUCUUUGUUUCUUGUGGGGGAGAUUGGUGGCAAUGAUUUCAAUCACCCACUUUUUUUGAGGAAGAGUGUUGAAGAAAUCAAGGCAUACAUACCUUUUGUGAUUAAUGAAAUCUCUUCAGCUAUCAAUAAAUUGAUUCAUCUAGGGGCUCGAACUAUGAUUGUUCCUGGAAAUUUCCCAAUUGGAUGCAAUGUCAUCUAUUUAAGAAUAUUCAAUACUACGAAUAUGAAGGAAUAUGAUGAAGCUGGUUGUCUCAAAAGGUUAAAUGAGCUUGCUCAAGAUUAUAACAAGAAACUUCGCGUAGAAAUAAAUCGACUUCAAAGGCUUUAUCCCAAUACAAAUAUCAUCUAUGCAGAUUAUUACC